UACCGCUUCUUUAUUUCAUUUAAACUUCCGUUAUCGCCUAGAGGGAAACGGCAGUUUACCAAUGUUUGAUGUGAUGCAGUCGGCGACUACACUGAACGGCGGAUCUUAUCCCGCCGGCGGCACCGGAAGUCGUGCCCGUGAUUUAGGUCUACGUGCUCAAAAGAAACUUCUGGGCAGAGUUGUAUCUACAGGAGCAGGAAGAUCGCUUCUGAUAGACGAUGCGACCACAUCGCUGUUAGACAAUCUCUACAAGCUCAUGGAGAGAGCUGCAAAGACUAAUUCUACCUUGGACAAAAAGCAGCCGGAAAAAGUUUUGAAAAACAUUGUUAAAUUGUCUAUUAAGGUUGGAUUGCUACAACGUAAUCAGCAGUUACACGCCGCCGACGACGCAAAACUCGCCGAAAUAAGAAUCGCCCUCCGAGCUGUGGCGAUGUCUGUGGUUUCGUUUUACGAGUUAGAAUUCAGUUUCGAUAAAUCUUAUUUAAUCAAGUCUCUGGAACGCAGCAGAACCGCGAUACAAGUGCUCAUAAAGCCACAUCUAACGGACAAAUCUCAAGACCGGUGUGACCAGGUGUUCGACUUUUUAACGCAUUCCGACUUUUUGGAUUCUGUAUUCAGACAGGACUCCGAACACAGACCUAUUUUAGGAAUGCUAGUUAGUGAUAUCAAUAAGGCCUUAGAUGCUGGGCAUCUUUGAUUUUUUUUUUGUUAACAUAACCUUGUUUUGAUGAUCAUGCUGAAACGGAACGGAUGAAAAGCCGUAGACUUGCUGCUGUAUUAUUAUGAUUGUCGGGAGAUAGAAAGAGUAUUAUUAUUCUUUGUUGAAUACGAUUUAAGGGAUGAAAUCAUGGUUACGGUUACUUAUGAUUGCCGGUGAAGAAAAUAACGAUAUAUUUUCUAAAUAUACGGGGAAACGGUUCAGACAUAACGUUCCUCGUGAAACCGUAUCGAUUUCCAUAGUAGUGCUCACUAAUUUAUGCAAUAAUUGUGAAAUACUCUAUUUAUUUUCGGAAUGUAUUAUACGAUUAAUGUAUAUUUAUUUACGGUACUCGCGUGUUAGGAUAUAAACUGUCAAUCUAUACCAAAAAGAAAAAUGAGCUUAUUUACGCCCUACUGUGGGUUUUGUAGUGAUGGCGGUAGAACCGCAUCGUUAAUCCCCACAGAAUGACCGCGUGAAAGAAGCAAUUUAUCGCUGAGAUCACGCCAAUAGAAAGACGCGCUCCGAGGAAAAUCCUUUAUUGAAGGCAUUAAUCUUCUACUCGUCAAGAGCUAUACUCUAACAACAUAUCGACGAGUGCAUUAUAGAGCAAGAUGGUCACUGUUUUUACCUAUAUUGCGCCUUGAUAUACAUAUAUUUUCAACACCCAACAUAUCUCUAAUGUAAUUACGGCUAUGUCUCAAUAACCGAAAACAUUUGCAACACAUGUACUACAAGUAUAUCGCGAUUUACGCGUGUUUUGUAUACAUUAUACACACUUUACACGUUAUAUGUGACGAUUCUCAAUGAAAUAAAAAAAGAAAAAGGUUGUAUCAAUAUACCAAUAAUAAAUUAUUUGU